UCUAAUCCUUUCUCACUUGAUACAAAAAUAGUCAAUGGAUUAUAUUUAUGGUGCAUUCUUUUUUGCCGUUAUUACUGUUUGCUUUGAUUGAACUUUCCUUAUUAUUGUUUGGUUUGGAAGAUCUUUGCUAUAUGUUUGUUCUUGAAGCUUACUUGCAUCUGAUUCCUGAUUAAUAAUAUGAUUGUCGACUUUUAUGUACUUGUGAUCUUUCAUGAACAAUCUCUCUUAAUAAUGACUCACUCAUAUUCAAAUGACUUAGAUAGAUGCUAUUAGUGUUCUUGUUUUCUCUAGUAAGUAUUUGAGAUGUGAAGGAGUUUACUGGUGGUCGGUCUAUAUUUAUAUGAGGAAGUCUUUUGGUCGGCACGAACUGAUGAUGUUCUCUCUAAUAAGUCUGUGGCAGACUGGCAAAGCUAUCGAGAUUAUUGGCCAAAGAUUUUUUUUUUAUGUUUUUUGACAAACAUUCUAACAAAGAAACUUGUUAUUGCUUUUGGGUAAGUUUUUGAACAAUUGAAUAAGCAUAUUGUCUUCGAAUAUUUUUUCUUUUUUCUUUUUUGAAAUGAGGAUCCGAACUCUUGUCAUUAAGAUGGUAUACAUCAUUUUAUCACUUAAUUAGUGGUUCGGGUGUUCAAAUAUCUAUUCGUAUGAUUUAGUACACAUUUAAUUUUUUAUCUUGACAUAUUGCAAAAAAUGAUAGAAAGUUUGGAGUAAAGGAAAUGUAUAGAUGAUCAUGUGGCAGAGAUAGGCAGUUGCCUUGGCAGUAGCAAAAAAUCAUAAGAUAGAGAGAUUUUGAUGUAGAGUUCACUGUUCAGUGCAUGAAUCUAUAUUUAAUAAUACUAAUACACUGUACAUGUAAAGGUAGUAGUAGUACAUCUCCCACUCCUACCCAAUCUCUCUAUAAUCUUACACGUCACUCGCUUUGGCCAUCAACCUCAUAACUCAUGACCUUUUACUGCCACGUCACACCCUCAAUAUUUAUUUCCCCCUCUCUCUAGGAACCUUGUCUCUGUCUAAUUGUCUCUCUCUAGACUUGUCCAUGGAAAUGGAAUAAGCCAUUUCCUCGUUUCACAUAAAGGAGAAAGACAAGAAAUUAAAAACAGAAUAAAUUCGCAGUAUUAUUUUUUUUUGGACAACUACAUUGAUUCUGUUUUGUGUCAUAGCAUAGAAUUACACAACUUUUUCGAGUAUCAUUUCUUUUUUUUUUGGAAGUUUCCGCAUUGAUUGAUAGUAAUAAUGCACAAUUUUUUAGAUUCAUAUCAAAUAUUUAAAGAGGAAAUUGGUAUGGUAUUACGAAAGAUUGCAAAAAAAUAUAAUGAUGGACAAUAUAAUGAUGUUGCGUACGGGGUUCUCUUCUAUGUAAUAAAAUUCAAUAAAUAAAUAAAUAAGUGCUUAUCCAUUGUGGACACGUGUAUGUUGGAGUCCUCUAUGGAUUCUUUGGACUAUUAACACACUUUUGAGGGUUCCCUCUUCUUGCCUUUUUUUUCUUCUUUCUCCUUCGCCUUCCUCAUCCAUGCAUGCUGUUCUAUUUAUUUAUUUAUUUUUUUGGUUACUAAUUCAACGCAUUGAUUGUUGAAGCUUGUUUGAGAAAAACAAACUUAUUGAAGGGAGAGAGAUAUCUGGAGCUGAGAAAAGCCAAGGAGGGUAGGUGGUGACUUUUUCACUUUUGGGAGGUUAUUAGGUUAAGGUAGUUAAUUUCAAGAGCCUGGAAUGGGUUCCCUCAAAUCCAGGGAAACCCAUUUUUGUUGAGUUUUCCGCUUGGUUGUCUCUGGGUUUCUCUAUUUAGUUUGUCUGAGAUUGGACAACAUUUGAUACCCAUAUCUUGCACUUGUGAUUCUUAUACAUAGUUUAUUGGAGCUUAUAAAAGGAUUGGUCAGAAGGUAGUGGAAAAGAAGAUUGUGUCUUCUCUGUCUGUUGUUGUAAGAUGGAGAAUAGAAGAGUCCAGUGUUGAAAUUAAUGUAUUAAAUAGAGCCUGUCUGCAUUUCUUUUUUGCCAAAUUGGAUCUAUGUAUGCUUGAUUCUCUUACAUAAGCAGUCAUAUUAAAUCCAUUUCAAUUGUCCUUUCAUUCUUUUUGUUCCUGGAAUUUUCUCUUAGUAUCUUCAAUUUGAUUACUUAGGCCUCAUAACUGGGUUCUUGAAUCAGAAUCCAUUAUUUCUUAGACCAAAUUAUAUAGAGUAGUAUAUUCAUAGCUUUAGAGGGUUUGUUAAGGCUUUGCCUUAUCGGCUCUAGGCAAGUAGAUUUAAUGGAAGAGAGAUCAACAGCAGUUACUUGUCCAAUUAGACUAAGUGAUAUUUCUGGGUAUAAAAGGGUUUCAAACAGGGCAAUCUUGUUUCGGAACCUUGCAGGGCAGCCAAAUCCGCCUUAUGAGUCCAUUUCCUGCAAAUGUAAAGGUGAUGGUAGAAUAUCAAUAUCUGCUGAUGAAGGGAAAGAUAGAGGAGGAGCCAUUUUGUCUGAUAUGGUCACUGAAGAUGAGAAGAGACUUGGUAAAACCAGUAGUCUAGGAAGCAAUACUACUUUUUAUGUUUCUAGUGAGCCUCCUAACACAAAUUUCAGAGAACCAGUUGUUGAGUUAGAGCCUUUGAAAGAUAUAAUUGCAGUUUCUGCAGAUGUUGAGGAUAGCAAUGGCUUUGAUGAGUCUGAUUUGAAACCAUCUUCUAUGCUUCAAGCAAAGAAGAUCGGUAGAAAUGGCGGCCUGAGUGUUUUUGAAUUGGAUAGUGUAGCCCUUUGGGGGUGCAUUUCAAUAUGCGGAAGAAGAUCAGAGAUGGAAGAUGCUGCUGCGGCCGUCCCACAAUUUUUGCAGAUACCUGCUGAUAUGCUAAUGGAUGAUCAUGUUCUCAAUGGGAUGAAAUGGGAUUCAAGUAAGUUACCUUCCCAGUUCUUUGCUGUUUAUGAUGGACAUGGAGGAUGUCAGGUUGCUAAUUAUUGUCGUGAACGACUGCAUUUGGCUUUGGCGGAGGAGAUAGAACUGGGAAAAACGAGCUCGUGUGAUGGAACAAUCAAGCACAAUUGGCAGGAGCAGUGGAGGAAAGCCUUCUCUAGAUGCUUUCUGAAAGUUGAUGUCGAGGUUGGCGCUCCUAGAGGCAUAGAUGGAAGCAAGACUGAUGGCUGUGAGGCUAAUCUUAAACCUGUAGCUCCCGAAACUGUCGGUUCUACAGCAGUAGUGGCCAUCAUUUGUCCAACCUACAUCAUAGUUGCAAACUGUGGAGAUUCAAGAGCAGUCUUGUGUCGUGGAAAAACACCUUUACCGCUAUCAAUUGACCACAAACCAGAUAGAGAGGAUGAACUUGCAAGAAUCGAGGCCACAGGAGGAAAGGUCAUACGAUGGAAUGGAUCUCGUGUAUUCGGAGUCCUUGCGAUGUCAAGGUCUAUUGGGGAUAGGUACUUGAAACCAUGGAUCAUACCACAUCCAGAGGUGAUGUUUGUUCAUCGAGAAAAACAGGAUGAGUGCCUUAUUCUAGCCAGCGACGGUUUAUGGGAUGUUGUGACGAACGAGCAGGCCAGUGACAUUGCCCGGAGGAGAAUCCUUCUUUGGCACAAAAAGAAUGGUGAUUCCCCUUCCCCCACCGCAGAAAGGGACGAGGGAACUGAUCCUGCAGCUCAAGCUGCAGCAGAGUACCUCUCGAGGCUUGCUCUCCAAAGAGGAAGCAAAGACAAUAUCACUGUAAUUGUGGUGGACUUGAAAGCUCAAAGAAAGUUCAAGAAAAAAAACUAACAGUUAGACAAUCUAACUAUAAUCUUUUUACAGCCAGUUGGUUUUUCACCUGGCAAAUGAUGAUACCAUUACAGCAUCAAAUACUUAAAUCUUCAGUAUGUUGUUGAAGUAAAUUCUUCAUUUUUAUAAAGUGUUUUUCACUUACCUUCAA